AAUACUGAUGCCGAAUUUGCGGCGAGCGCAUUGCAGCCGUCGGUGCGCUACGUGAGGUUUGGCCCUCGACGGUAUCCGUAAACAGGAAGUUAGCGUUGUGGUCGACUGAGGAGGUGACGGUUUGUUUGUGUUUUUUAGUUACUUGUUUCAAUACAGUAUUCCGAGGGAAGUGUUGCUAGAAACGUAGAAAGACAGUUUCAACUAUGGAGGAUGAAGCCCUUUUUGAAUUCCUCCAUAUGGAGAUGGUGGCCCAUGUGUACAAAAAACACACAUCCAGGGAGGAGACAGAACAGGAAAGGGGAAAGUGCAUCUCCGUUUUGGAAAGGAUGGGAUUCAGGGUUGGACAGGGACUUAUUGAAAGGUUUACCAAGGAUACUCCUUCUUUCAAAGAUGACCUGGACCUUAUGAAGUUUCUCUGCAAAGAUUUCUGGAUAUAUGUUUUCCGGAAACAGAUUGAUAACCUGAGGACUAACCAUCAGGGGACAUAUGUCCUACAAGACAACAAAUUUCGCCUUCUGACACAGCUCUCCAAUGGCAAGCAGUAUUUGGAGGAGGCCCCUAAGUACCUGGCCUACACCUGCGGAAUGGUGAGGGGAGCCCUGUCCAACCUUGGGGUCGAGAGCGUGGUGACAGCAGAGGUCUCCUCUCUGCCAUCCUGUAAAUUUCAGGUUGUGAUCCAGAAGACUUAGAGAAGACAUUCUGUUCAUGUGGCACUGGAGUUGUCUUAACGAAGCAGAAUGUGUGGGAAGUCUUUUGCAACCCAAAAGCAGAAACACAAAUCAUGGAAGAAUGUCUGAGAGAAGGGCUUUCUGAAUAAGAGGUAUAUGCAAUUAACCACUGUAGGUGUAUGCAGAUUUGUGUCUUGAGCAGACACAGACACAGUUAAACCCGUUUGACAAUGAACCUGCAUGCAGAUGCCUGGACAGAGAUCCGAGCUAAGGACAGUACCAGUGGUUAUUUUUGUCCUCAAGAUCAAAUACACAUCUGCUGCUGUUUUUUAGUUUUUUGUAUGUCAAAAUUAAAAUCUAGGAAGAGGUGUAUUAUUUAUUUUCCGUAUUCAUUUUUUUUUCAGAACUUUGAUAAAAAGUGGGACUUAGGGAAUUGUAGGUUUUUGAAAAGCUCUUUGUUACAUCUUAAUAGAAUAGGUCUGUGUUUCAUGAUGAUGUGCUUUUUUUAUUUUGACAAGGGGAUUUUUUUUCUUUUGGUUGUAAGACUUUGUUUUUCAUUCUGUCACUUUGUGCUUUCUAUGCAUUGUGUAAUUUUUGGAUUUCUUUCACUAUAGAAAGUGAAAAGGCUCCAGUACCUGUUUUAUAGUCAUUUGUUGGGAUAUAAAAUCAUUACAGUAUACAGCAGGUUUCAUUUGUGGUCUGACCAGUCCAGUUUUAUAAACAACAAAAAACAGUUCUGUAUUUGAUAUCACUGGUGUAAAGGAUUGAAGCAAACCCGAUCAGUUCAUUUUAUCAUUUAUUGCACACAGAAGGGUGGCUUGUGGAAAUUUAGGACUGUAUCUCGUAGUUACUCAACCAAGAUUUGUUUCUGUGUUCAGUAAAAGCCAUUUGUGCUGGGGCUUGAGUAACUCAUCUUUUCUUAGUAGCAAGGAUUGUAACUGUUUCUCAUUGAACAUCUUUAUAAUGUAGAGUGGCAUAACAAGUUAUUUCCUCUGUCUCCGCAUUAUUUGUGAUAAAUACUUUUACAGAAAUUACUAACUAAAUGUUAAUGCUGGUUUGCAUUGAAUACCCCCAUUGCAUUUGCAAGCUUUCCUUUGUCAUGUUUUUUUCUGGUAUUGAACUUCUCUAACAUACUUUGAGAGUUAAUACACAGAUCCCAGUUAUUCUUAAAUGGAUACCAUUUUUUAAAAUUGCAUCUUUCCUUAUUGUACUCUGUUACAAAAAAACCUAAUUUGAAGGCUGCAGAGGAACUGGUUUAUUUGGAGUAAUGAUCUUCUUUGGUCACAAGGUGGCAGGAUUGUGUAAAGGUGAAAGUAUGUGCACGCAUUAAUUGAAUACUUGGAGUUCUUACAGAGCCUUAUUUAUGCUGAGCAUUAAUAGCAUUGACAGCAUUAUUUAUGCUGUUCUCACUUGUGAAAGACAUGUUAUUGCUGAAAACCUGACUGUUCACAACAAAAUGUCUUAUUGUGUUCAGUAGGAAUACAAAAAAAAACAAAUAAUUGGUUGCAUGUAGAGAUGAUCAAAAGAAAUGGCUAUCAAUCACUGUGUUUCAUCAGUCCCAUAUGUGUAUGACUAUAUGUGAGACAACACCAAGCUCUAAAAGGAGAAAACGUAAGCACAGUGGUAUCUGUCGUUGCCUGGCCUUGUGUGUUACAUAUGGCCUACUGCAGGUUGUGUUGUAGAAGGUUUAUGUCUUUGCCACAGGUCCUGGAGUGCUGUGUGGAUAAUUGGGAAGGCAUUUCACUUCUUGGGAUGCUGAUUUUAAAGGGGCAGUUUCAAUUACACCGUGCAGCCCUAUAAAAAGUAGUACCUGAUUACUCUCUUUCCAGUCUUUUUGAACACAGCACAAAGAAAGCAGUCACAUUAAAUUGACUUCUGUGCUACUGUAGUUGGUCGUUGUGCCCUGUGUUUCUGAUUUGAAAACUGCUGCUUAAGUUUCAAGUAAAAAGGAAGAUAAUUGGUUUAGUGGCUAUCAAUUGUGUUUUUAAUACUUGAAGUCUAACCAAUAUAUCAAUAUAUUUAAUUUACAAAAAGCAAAUAUCUUAAUAUCAGACUCUCAAAUCAUUUGAUAUUACAGAUUAAAAUGAUCAGUUUAGGAAUGGACCCAUGUGAACACAAGAGCUUAUGUUUCUAAAGCUGCAAAGUAAGAUCUAUGCUGUUUAGCUAAAAUUAUUAAGAAAUUCUGGAAAUAUUUAGUAUUGGAGCACAACACAUACUUGAGAAUAUAUCUACACUAUUUUCCAAGUAACAGUGCUGCUGUUUUAUGGCAAAGAACAAACCACAGGGAGCCCUUUUGACUUAGUGAUUAAACUCAGACCUCCAGCUGUUUCACUCUUGCUUUCUUUUCAGCAGGGGGGUCAUAAACAUUACCCUGUUGAGUACAGCUGGUGACUUACAUUACAAUUAUUAUUAGUUGUAGCAAUAGUAGCACGUUAACUUAACGUUAGUGGAAAUAAUAAUAAACUUCCAAGGCAACCUUGUGGGAGAAUACGGUUUUUAUUUAAAAACAAUACAAAACUUCUCUCUUUGUGUUAACAGCCAACUCAGCAGCGUCUCUUUGAAAGUGGAAACUACACAGGUUCUGGGAAAAGCUUCGCUAGCCUGUUGUGUAAAAAAAGUGAGCUUCUUGUCUCGUCAGACAGCCUAUCUCUCUUACUAGCCUCGUUUUCAUAUUCAUCCCCUUCGUUAUGAGCACAUCUGCCUCUUUAAGUGGACUAAUAUGAACCAUAUGUGACCUGCAGUGCAUUAUGGGUUACUCAGCCAGGCGGCAGUUAGCUGUGUAAUUGAGAAACCUGAAGUCUCAGAAAUCUUUGUUGUUGUCCCUCUCCAUACAUUUGUCCUUUAAAAUAAAAAUAAAUGGGGUGUAGUUAAUGCUUUAGAGAAGAAUAUCUGAGGAUACAUUCUUUUGAGUGUUGUGACUUGUUUCUGUAGGAAGAACCAUGUGAUUUCUUUUUUCCCUUCUGUUGCCUGUGGUGGCUUAGACAGGCAAUGACAAACAACCUUGUUAUAGUCCCUUUAAACUCCUGCAGGUUCUGGAAAUACAGAGGGCUUUUUAUGUUUUUCUAACAAAUAAAUUUCAUUUUAUGUGAA